AUGUCGAAAAUUAUGACCUCCGACUCCGCUGCCUUGGAUUCCCUCACAGUGACGGAGAGAGCGGAAUGGUCCGAGUCUGUGAAACCCGUCGUGUUGGGCCUCAGCAUUGCCAUGUUGAUUCUGGCAAACCUCGGUGUCUUGCUGCGUAUCUUGGCCCAAAAGCGUAUUUUAAAGCGUGUUAUGGCAGAGGACUACUGGCUGGUCCUCGCAGUGGUCUUUGCCAACGUGGUUUCAGUAGCUACUAUAGUAGCAGUGCAUUAUGGUCUUGGAUAUCAUUUGUUCCGAGUCGAGGCCAUGGAUCCUUCGGGCCACGCACUCGUAACAAUCUUCUUGUGUGUCUGGCUAACGGCUACCUUCAAUGGACCGUCCAUGCUGGCCACCAAGAUUGCCUUACUACUCUGGUAUCGCCGAUUGUUUAUCGUCCAGCAGUUGUGGUUACGGAUCUUCUGGUGGGUCAACAUGGUAUACAUUGUGCUCUGGGCCAUUGGUUCAACCAUUUCCUACAUGUUCUCCUGCGUACCGAUUCAAUAUUACUGGGAACGCUUCGACCACAUAUCCACUCUGCACGGCACUUGCCGCAAUACCACAACCGCCGACGGUCUCCCGUUGAUCCUGGAUUUGAUAUCCGACGUGGCCAUUAUGGCCCUUCCAAUUGCCACCAUCGCCACCCUGCAAAUGCCCCUGGCUCGCAAGGUCGCUUUGAUGACUGUUUUCUCAGUUGGGUUAAUAUCGGUCGUAUCGGCCGUAGCCCGCGUCGUCGUGCUCUAUCUGGCCACGAACCUCCACUCCGAUUUCACUUAUGCCGCCGCGCCAUUCGAACUCCUCGACGUGAUCCAACUCAACAUGGCCAUCGUCUGCGCCACCGCCGUGCCCAUUAUCUCUUGCGUGCGGCUGGCCUUUCGAGAAGUCCGCACGACCAACCACUCCUCCACUGGCAUGGUCUCCCACAGUCAUCCCUACAGCCCGUCUUCGCACUGGGCUCGAAUCCAGCGGGAGGAGUCAUCUAGUAGUACGGAAUUGGUGCAGAUUGGCCAUUCCAGUGCGAAAUGCACCUCCAAGCUCGAAUCACAAGGGCCCACGCCAAUGAAGGGGAUUAUGGUUCAAAUGGAUGUGGAUAUUCGGUGA